UCUCAGUUCCUUAGAUUAACCAGAUUUUUCUUUUUAGAAAUUACCAUUGUAACUUUUUCAGCAAACCAUCCAAUGUCAUCCAGGAUUUUUAGUAUACUCUUGGCCAUGCUUUACAAGUACCUGAGCAAGGAGAUGGUCAGGGAGAACAAGGUUUGUGCUUGGAAGAGCUAUAAAAAAAUUCUCCAAAAUACAAGAGGUCAACCGAGCAGAUGUGUAUUGUAAUUCCUCUUCCAUCUGAAUUGGACCCUUCUGUGAGCCAUGAUGCACACCGAAUGUUAGUAAGAUUUUUAACAAGCUGUUGUCUCACUGAACCUUUUUGUUGAACCCCAUUUGAUUCUGCUGCAUCUCCCCCAUUGGUACUUGUAGGCACUUGGCUGGUGACCGACCAGUGUUGAUCACUGCGGCUGCAGUGUGAACAGGGAGCACCUCGGUUUGCAUGCCGCUAAAACACAUCAGAGCCAGUUUAGGGACACAUUUACAUGUCUGUGCACAGCUGGGCCCUGCAGACAUUGCCUCAAAACAAACAUGCUAAGACAGCGGUGGUUUGCUACACCACUAAAGAGGGCUAUUAUUAUUAAAAGGUCUCAUUUUGGUGCCAGUAACUGUCCUCAUACCUGAUGUUACACAAAUUAACUUCUGGGAACCCCAAAGUCUGGAAAUGUGCCAUUCCUAGGCAAUCAUGAAAAUCAUCUAUUCAUUGAUCAGAGAAAAAACUCAGGGAAAUGUCUCUGCUUUCCAGAAUUUUUUUCAUCCAUUACUUUCUUUUGCUUUAUACACUAUUUUCUCUAUAUUUUUUGCGAGAUCUUCUCUAAAGGUAAUGUCAGUUGUAGUACAUGUGGGAAAAGGAGCUUGUCAUUUUGGUUUCACGUCUUAAAUUGUCACUGGUGAGGAAUUGAAAUGUCAAGACAAAAUACGGCUGCGGUGCUAAGACGCUCAGUGAAAAGACUGAGUCUUAACCCAGAUGAAUUUGACAUUGUGUGUAUCCCUUUAAACAUGUAGCACGUUUCUGUGGGUGUGGCUGGUUUCUACACAGGUAGAUCUCAUGUAACACGUUCUGGUCCUCCAGUAUUCCCCUGGUUCUCACCUGGGAGGAUCUUCUGUGCUGUUUAUGCGGUUUUUUUUUUCCUCCUCAUUUUCAUAAACCCCAGUCGAACUUCAGAAGACUUUCAACAUUUGGAGUACAUUGUAUGGUUUGGUUUGCGAGCCUUUCUUUGGAUGUGGGACUCGUACCUCGGUAAUUAUGGAGUUCCCUUUAGCGCAACAAAUCAGCUGAAAGUGACGUUUGUUGCUCUUGCUGUGCCGCUGGAGCUCCUUGUGGGAACACCGGAGGCAUUAAGUCGCGACAGCCACUUGACCUCGGAGGAGUUCUUCAGUUAGCUGGUAGACUUGAGAAGAGUCUAGACACAAUGCCUGUGGUCAAAGUGGAGAAGGACUCCCCCUCAGAUGUCUCGCUGUCCGCCACCCAGGUUGCCAUUGAGGAGCCUCCGAGGGGUCGUCGGAGGAAAAGACCCCUGCAGCGCGGCAAACCUCCCUACAGCUAUAUCGCCCUCAUCUCCAUGGCCAUCGCGAAUGCCCCGGACCGCAAGCUGACUCUCGGGGGCAUUUACAAAUUUAUCAUGGAGCGCUUCCCCUUCUACAGAGACAACUCCAAGAAAUGGCAGAACUCCAUCCGCCACAAUUUGACGCUCAAUGACUGCUUCAUCAAGAUCCCGCGAGAGCCCGGCCGGCCCGGCAAGGGCAACUACUGGGCCCUGGACCCCAACGCUGAGGACAUGUUUGAGAGUGGCAGUUUCCUCCGGCGCAGGAAGAGGUUCAAGCGAUGCGACUUCACCACCUACUCAGCAUAUGUCCAUGAGUCGCCCGCUUUCGCCCAAAUGCAGAUCUCACGAUCGGCCUAUGGCAACCCAAUGUACUCGAACGUGACCGUUAGUCCGCCAUAUAGCCAGCAGAUAGCACCCGCCUACUACCCCUCGUCCUCGCCCAGCUUCAGCUCGGGCCAGUCUCGAAUGUUCAGCAUCAACACCAUCAUCGGUCACCACAACGGGCUGGGCGCUGGCACCGAGCUCAUCCAGCAGCCGGUCCGCAGCUUCAGCCCUGACUUGGGGUCAACAGGCACCUCGUGCGGUCUGAAUGGCGCCAGCUUCCAGGCCCAGUCCUGCGGCGGAGCCGUGCUGUCGCGUUCCGCUGGUCACAUGACUUUCCCAUAUUCCGUCCCCAAUGGACACCUGCAGGUGCAGAGCGCCUAUCCCCAGGGCAACAGUCAAAUCUACGGGGCACCCAGCCGACUGGGGAUCACCAGCUCUCCUUCCGUUGCCGGGGAAACUAUGGACCCCUACAGUAAAAUGUCCCCUGGACAGCUGCCCUCUAUAGCCCAAUAUAAUGGUUCUAGCGCCAUACCUGCUGCUAGUAGCUACCUGAGGCACCCGCCGUACUCUGGUAACGUGGAGAGGUUUGUGUCCGCAAUGUGACUCAUUUUGACAAGGAAGGACAGUUCUGGAUUUUGGGUUGUUACUUUGAGAAACGGGUUCCUUCACUUCUAACACCCCAUGUGUUUCAUGCCGUAUUUUGUGUGUGUGUGUCUGUGUGUGUGUAUAUAGGCAGAAUAUUAUCUGGGCGGUUUACUCUGUAAUUUUCUUUACUGUUUAAUAGCCACUUUGAAUAGUUUUCCCUCUUUACUUUUGUCAUUUAUAAUUGUCAAUCAGGUGGCAAAAUAUUUUUAGACUGGCAAACCACUGAUUUGUAGAGACUGGUCCAAGAUGCCUGUGGUUGUGCCUGUGAUCACAAAUGCUCAGGUAUUAUGAUUGAUUGUCUCUACAAGGCAGGGAAAAAAUGUGGUUUUCUUACCUAUUUGAGUUCAGUUGUUCCAUCACCUCCGAGUGCAUCAGUUUGUAAGCAUUUUUCUGGUAUGUGGUUAGAUAACUAACACACCUCUGUGAUGAAACUAGGUCUGGGAAUUUCGUUUAAAAUCCAUUAAUAGGUACAUGCAGUUCAGUCACCUUCCAUAAAUGUUCCUCUCAUGUACCUUUAUGUACAAAUUUCUCUAUAACAAAACUGUGUAAAUUAUUGUAAUUGUUUACUUGUAUUUUAUAAAAUUGUUAAAAAAAAAAUUACACCUCUUUCCCUUACAAUAACAAUGAUUAACACAUUGCGCUAAUAACUAAAAGCCACAAAAUCAAUUGUCAUCUGUCUUUAAGCCACUGCAAAAAUGCAUCUUUAAGGGUUUGGAUCCUGGAGGUUUUUACCUCAGCUAAUAAUUAUAUUUUUUGGUUAAAAACUGUAAAUACUUCGUAAAUUAUAAAAUUAAGUGAAUACAGUUUAUCAGCACCAUAUAUUUUGUACUCUCGGUGAACCAUAAAGUACAGUGAAGGUCUCUCCAUUCCAGAAGAAACAUUGACGACAUUUAUAUGGUCAGAAACACUUAUUUUCUUUAGUGGAACAGAAUGAGCUCAAGAUUAUUUCUGUACCUCGUUUGCUGACCUUCGCAACGAUGCUUCAUACUACCAAGUAAACAUUUGAAAUGACUGUUUUCUCCUUAAUUUUCUUGACACCUUUGUCUCGCUGAAAAUGUCAGGGCUGCUGCAGCGCUGCAAACGACUCACUUAUUGUACUUUGUUCGAUCUGCGGCCUGCAAGAGUUUGCUUUCUUUCUGUCUGAAAACGUCCUUGAGUACUUUGUACAGUCAUUUAUUAAUCUGCAUUCAUCUUCACAGUGUAGAUCUUUGCUUUAUUUUUAUUCCCCUUACCUGGCCACGAUCACCACCUUUCUCGUGUUUGGACACAUGUGAAAAGUUCUCUGCUGCCAUGUGCCGGUUUAUUAGAAGACGAGUGUAAACG